UGUUGUGCUGGAAGGUUGGUCCAGUCAUUUGGGUAGGAUUCAUUGCUGGGUUCUCGGCUAGUGCUUGGACAGAGGCAGACCGUAGCCUAGUUCAGAAUCCAGGUCUAGAGCCCUUGGUAUUUAAUGGACCUCACUACCACUUUAUUCCAAACAUGGAAGAUGAUAUUUCUAUGGAGAAAAGAAUGCAUGUGUCUGCUUUGUGGAGACUUGUAAAGAGUCUACAACGUAAGAAUGAUGACCAAGAACCAGCGAUGGUGGAUCCUGUUAUACGGGAGUUGAUGAACUGUAUGAAAAAUAAACCAAAGAAUGUGAGUAACCUGAAUGUUUCUAAACGAAUAUAUUUACCAGCAUUCCUCAAGGAACUGGAAGUAUUGAAGAGAAGAGCGGAAUUAAAACAGCAGAUGCAGGAGCUUGCACACGUCUUCAGACCUUACGAUUAUUCUUCAUCCCAAUCGGAUUCUGAGUACGAAGACUAUUUCAGAUAUAUGCGAUUUAAAAUUUUUAGGACGUAUCUAUAGAAUAUAAGGAGAUGCCAAUUGAAGAAAAUCAGAAGACAAAUUUAACCUAUAUGUCAUUUUUUUAAUGUACUACUACUAUCUCACUAUUUCAAACUUAAAGGUUAUAAACCCAAGAAAAGUAGAAUAGGGAAGCUUUUAGCAGUUCAAAAACAGUAAGUCAAAGUAACUUCUUUACUUUUUAUUCCUUGGGUUUUAAUCUUGUAAGCAAUUAACACAUUUCCAAAGAGGCUGGAAAUAUUACAGUGGUAUCUUAUAAAAGUUAAUGAAAUGAUUGACGUCUUCUUUCUUUCUUUUGUAACUAAAAAAUAAAAUUGUUUAAUGUCGUUAUCUCUUGAAAUUUGACAUAUAUUAGUUGUGCCAGUUGCCAGUUCAACAAAAUCCUGAGCGAUAUUUCUCAGAAAGACGAAAUAUUUUCCAUGUUUUUUGCAGACCACUGUACGUAACAUAUUCAAUGUUUGUAUCUAAACAUAUCUGUUAUAUUUAAGAGGCUGGAAAUAUAUUAUACUUUAUU